AUUAUCGAUCUACGUAUGUUUUCAGGAUCUGAUGCGAUCUCGCGUCUUGGAAUUUCCAUUCAAUUGAUUACAGGUGCGUCAAACGGAAGUCUUAUUUUGAUCAAAAAUACGCGCGAACCGUUUGUUUGGAGGAAUAAAAGAAGCGGAGAAGCUGCUGAUAUAAAGAGAGACCAUCGAUUUGUGCGAUCAAAUGUGAACAAGUGUUUGCCGACUGCAGACUGUAUACAAGAUUCGAGUCAGCGAGCAAAAAUAACAAUGAUGACGCCAAUUUUUGUGAUUUCUGUUUUUUUAUUCGCAUUGACAUGUCCCUGCAACGCGCAAGCUGAUAGAUCGGAUGAUAUACGUUGUCAGAGCAACACAGAAUGUCAACCAGGCCAUUGUUGUACCAUAGGGCCAAUGAGGUAUAGUAUACCACAAUGUAAAGCUAUGCAAAAAGAGGGAGAAGUUUGUAGACCAGGUAACGUUUCAACACUUAACGUGACCCUUGGAUAUCCAGAUGGUUCUCAAUUGACAUUAAAGGAUGUCCAUUACAUCUUUUGUCCUUGCGCCGACGGACUAUCAUGCGAUAUGAAAGAAGGUGUUUGCAACAAAUUAAGCGAAAAACGUGAUCCAAAUCGAUUAUCCGAUGAAAAUAAGAAACAAGAUGGCUAAUACAAAACUAAAAGGAAAUAUGUAAUCGUAUAUUAUGAAGAACGACUGCAAAGAGUUGACUAUAGUGAAUGGUGAU